CAGAGACAAGGUUGUAUGGGAAGGAAAAACUUCACAGCAUUCCGAAAUAUGAAACUGAUUCCCAUGGAAACAUCCUCAUCCUCUGAUGACAGUUGUGACAGUUUUGGUUCUGAUAAUUUUGCAAACACUAAACCGAAGUUUAGGUCGGAUAUUACAGAAGAACUGGCGAAAAUUUUUUACGAAGCCUCUGAUGAUGAAUCCUUCUGUGGCUUUUCAGAAAGUGAGAUUCAAGAUGCAUUGAAACUGGAAUCGGAUUCAGAGGAGAACGAUGUAAAUGCUGAAAGCGAGGUGACUCAGAGAAGACAGAAAAGCUCUAUUCCUCUAAAAGUAGCUAUGAAGUUUCCACCCCGAAGAUCGAAAAGGAGAAAGGAUGAGAUGGACUCUCUUCCUGAGAAGCUGAUGCCUGUUCCAGAUUCAGACUCUGACUCUGAAGAAAAGGGGCCCGUGUUUUUAGAAAAAAGAGCUUUAAACAUAAAGGAAAACAAAGCAAUGCUUGCAAAACUAAUGGAAGAGUUAAAAAGUGUUUCUGGUAUCUUUGAUGGGAGAAGAUCAUUGUCAGCUGCCAGUCAUGGACCAAAGCGACUUCCAAGACGUUCAUUUCCCAGAAGUCCUUUGAGGAGGAACCCAGACCGGAGUUCUCGGCCUCACACAAGAUCCAGGUCCUUGAUUGAAGGUCCUCCUACUCCUUUACCAGAAGAGGAUGAUGAUGACCGGUACAUCUUAGUGAGAAGAAGAAAGAUGUCUGAUGAGUACCUGGAGCAUGAAGCCCAGACUCCCAGGAGAGGUCACCGUGGUGCCAUGGCUCUUCCGCACGUUGUGCGUCCAGUUGAGGAGAUCACACAGGAAGAGCUGAAUAAUAUUUGUGCAUCUGCAAGAGACAAAGUGUACAACAGGGCCAUGGGAUCUACCUGUCAUCAAUGUCGCCAAAAAACCAUAGAUACCAAGACAAACUGUCGUAACCCUGAUUGCAUAGGAGUACGGGGCCAGUUCUGUGGACCGUGCCUCCGCAAUAGGUAUGGGGAAGAUGUCAGAACAGCAUUGCUGGAUCCGAUGUGGAAGUGCCCACCAUGUCGUGGAAUCUGCAACUGUAGCUUCUGUAGACAGCGAGAUGGCCGAUGUGCUACAGGUGUCCUGGUUUAUCUCGCCAAGUACCAUGGCUAUGACAACGUCCAUGCCUACUUGAAAAGUCUGAAACAAGAACUUGGAAUGGAAGACUGAAGCUGCAAUUGCCUUCAAAUUAUGUACUCUUUUACCAGUAUCACAUUAUUGCCUACAGUGAAUUGUUUAAUCAAGUGACAUUAUAAACCCAGUGUAUUCCUUCUGUCACCUUUUGUGUUAAAGGAUAAAGGACUAGCACAUAUCUCAGUGCAAAUCAUAAUUAGCAAAACUGUUUAAUGAAGGCCUUUUCCCACAGGCCAUUGUUACCUUUUAAACAACUUCGCAAACCAGAGAGUAUCAGGCUUUGCUUUCAUGGAAACAACUUUUUUUUUUUUUUUUUUUCCUGAAAGGAGAUAUGGCUUUAAGCCAUUAGUUUUACUCAUAUGAUGAUCGGUGCUCCAAUUUUAUUUAUGUUUGAAAGUUAAUCACAAAAAGAUACAGCUGUUCUGAACAUUCAGGGCACUGUUCCCACUGAGUCAAGUGGGGAAGGUAUGUGCUUAAGUCAUCGCCAACUUUAGCUGCAGUACAGACCCCUCCUGAAAAUAAGUGACGGAAGUUAGAAAUUCUCUAAACCAGCUACUUGUCCUUAAGUUUAAAAAGGAAGUCCUAAAGGCUGCAGCAGAUAAUCUCUAGGUAUUAUUCAAACAGUUUUAUAGAGCACCCAAAAGUGCAGAGUCGUUUUGAGGGAUGUUCUCUACUGAGUGACUUAAAACGGGCAGCAGAAGGAAUUGGGGGUGGGGACUUUGUAAUACGUUUCGUCAGAUGGCAGGAGGCCACUGCCAAAAGCAUCCGCAGCACCAGCACUAGGAUUGCCUAGCGAUGACAGUGACAGAUGUGAAAGUGCUGGUACACAUUGUGGAGUGACCACUCUGUCUAAAAUAGAGUAUACCCUAUGUUAAAUUAACGUUGUGUUCGGGGAAUUUGCUUUUUCCUGCUUUUGCUGCCAACUGCAGAAUUGCUUCUGUGCAGAAUCAGCCCUGGUCCUGGGGAGGGGAGCCCCUCAAGACCAGGGCUUGGGUAAGUACAGGAGCAGUGCUUCAUGUGGCUUUUGGCCAACUGUGAAGUGGAUUAAAGAUGGUAAAUCUAACUUGCUGAACUCUGGAAUCACAAAGAGGGGCAAUGACAAAUGAUCCUAGUGAUCAGGAGCCCGAGUUUUCUUUUACCUAUGAACAAAAUGAAAAGUAAGAACUCUCUAAGCUACAGUCCAGCUUAAGUGAAAUAUUCUUUCAGUUGCAUAGAGCAGCAUAAGCAUGAAUAGAUAAUGUUCUUGAGAGAUAUAUACCCUGGCUGUAGUAGCAGAGGAGGAAAAACAAUUGCCUCAUCUAAAGGCUUUUAAAAGAUAAAUGAAAAAGGAGAUGUAAUGGGUUGCAUACAAUUUGUGAGCACUUACAAAUGUGGUUAGUGCUGUGGUCUCCUCAAUGGUCCAGCCAUAUUUCUAUUUGUCUGGCUCAGCAUGAUUGUAGAAAGAUAUUUUGCAUGAUGUUAAUGAACCAUGAGUACAGCAAAAACUGAGCUGAAGAAUUCUAGUUUGCUGUGUGGAUGGGUCUUGUGUACUCAGUGCUGUAGAAAAGAAGGUGCCAUGCAAAUUACGUCUGGAGAACCACAAAACGUAUAAAUGCUCUUAGCUUGGUAAGGCAAACUGCUGCAUAAGCUUUGUGUAAGAUUUAGAAGAUGCUGUUAUAAAUAAUGUACAGUUGAAUAGUGGGCAGAAUCAACUUCCAUUUACUGAGCACUAGAACAAGACAUGGGUUUAGACCUCUCCACUUGCGCAGUAUUUGUACCGUAUGUGUAUAUAUAAUCUACAUUUUAUACCUUUCUGGGAACUACAUCAGCAUAUGUGAAAGUGGGGGGGGGAGAGAGGAAUUUAGAAACAAAAGAUGUUUGUAUGUCAGGCAUGCAGCUCUGUUUCGUAAAUCAUCUCUGCUGCUGAAAAUCUCUGGUCCCUUCUUUGUCUCUAUUUUUAUAGCGUGAAUAGCUGUGCAAUCUAAGGUGGAGAGAGUGCUUUACCCUCUAGGUACAUUUCAUGAAGAAGGAGCUCUAGAAAUACGUGUGCUGACAGCUAAAAAUGAUUCUUCUAAUUGUUGUGCUUGCCUUUUGACUGCUAGAGUAUGAAAGGACUAUGUUAAAAGCAAACUCUUGUAUCACGUAAUGGAGACUGCAGUAUGUAGAUUCCCUCAAAGCUAUGAAGUCCUGUACAAAGGUUUUUAUUUUGAUAAUA